UAUAAAUAUGGUGCGGGAGUCCAAUCAAAGUAUAACUGAUGCUGAGAUUGACAAAUGCUUAGAGAGUGAUUUUGCUAUUUGGUUUAAACAAUAUGCACAAAAUCCAUCAUUGGUUCCAGAUGAAAUUGUUCGAGACAUUGCUUCAGGACCUCUUCGCUCAGUUAGAUCUGUACCAAUUUACUAUGUAAACGGGUACAAGUUUCAUACGCGAAAAUAUGGGGAAAACAGAUCCACAUUCAACAGCGGAGUAUGCAUUAAAGGAUCAAACUAUAGUGAGACAUCUAAUGAUUAUUUUGGAAUCAUAGAUGAGAUUUUAAUCCUUGAGUAUCCUCGUCUUCCGAUAAAGAAAACAACAUUGUUUAAGUGCGAGUGGUUUGAUCCUACACCAAAUGUAGGUACAAGAGUUCAUCUCCGCUUUAAAAUGGUUGAAGUGAAUCGGAAAAAAAAAUUGAGCGUCUAUGAACCUUUUAUCUUGGCAAGUCAAGCCAUGCAAGUCUAUUUUUGUAAUUAUCCAAGUCUUAGGCGAGACAAGAUGGAUUGGUUGGUUGUAUGCAAAAUUAAGGCUCGUCCACUUGUUGAAUUGUCACAAGCACCUCAAUCACACCAAGAGCCAUAUCAAGAUGAAACACCGGAAAACUUGAAUAGGAUCGACAUAAGAGAUAUUCCCACACAUCUAAAUGAUAAUGAAGGCAUUUUAGAUUUAGAUGACGGUGAAGGGUCACCCGAAGAAGAGAUUGAGUUUGAUUCGGAUUCGGAAGAAGGGGGAUCUUCACAAAGUGAUGAUAUUGAUAAUAAUGGGUCUGAUUAUAAUAAUUCUUCUAAUUAG